AUGUCGCCCGGUGAACGCGCCAUCCUGCGCAACCUUGGGAUUAGGCGGGAGGGAGCCUUGGUUGUACCAGCGCCCACCCUUCCAGACAUCUCCUUGCAGCGUAACUCUCAGUCCAUUGGCAUUGCCUCUCAGCCCUGCACUCAAACCCCCUCUGCAAGCCAGCAGACCAGCAAUCCACCCAACCGGCCUCCCACUGCACCAGCCCCUUGCACAACACCUGGCCCCUCAAAUAUCAACCAGCCUGACCGUGCUCCCACAACCCCGCAAGUGUCAGGCACUCGCCCUCCCACCGGUAACCGCCAACCACCACCCAAAACCCUUGCCGGUCCCUCGCUUUCAUCUCUUACUUGGCCCAACCUACCCUACCUUGCUGUCCUAGACGUCCUUAAGGGGCGUCAAGGCAGAGGGCGCUUGAGGCCGUAUAGAACUAAGUAA